AUGGGGAAAUCAAAAGACAUAGGAGGACUUGGAUUUAGAGACUUUGAAAACUUUAACAUUGCUUUGUUAGCAAAGCAAGGAUGGAGAAUCCUCUUAUAUCCUAAUUCUUUAUCAUCAAGAGUGUUGAAGCUCAAAUACUUUUCCAAAUCUGAUUUUCUUGAAGCAAAAAUGGGAAGCAACCCCUCCUACAUAUGGAGAAGUAUACUUUCUGCAAGAGAGCUUCUACAACAAGGACUUCAAUGGAGAAUUGGCAAUUGGAAGUCAGUGAGAAUAUGGUCUGAUCCAUGGCUGCCACAACCAACAUCUUACAAACCUCAAAGUGGCAAUAAAUCAUUGGGGAAGAAGCUAAAGUGGAAGCACUGA